GUCCAUCCAUGUCGGUGUACCGGCCCCUGGGCCGUUAGUCAUCCAACUCCGAGCUCCGAGGACCGAGCCCCGACAACUACCCUACGUUGUUUGGCAAAACAUUUCGACUCCUAUCCUCCAGUCAUACCGGGAGUUUACCCAAUGGCAACCCCCCGCCGUAAUGGUCAAUUGGCUUCCUGUGAGCCAUGCCGUACCUCAAAGUUGCGAUGCGAUCAUUUGAGUCCUAUUUGUGGACGCUGUGAGCGCCGUGGUUUCCAUUGUACCUAUCACCCGGCACCACUGACCCAACCCCUCACUGGAAGACGUCCUGAAAAGAAACGCCGCAUCGUGUGCGAAUCAGAUUCUUUCAGUCCCAUCAGUCGACUGCAGAGUGACAACGACGUCUGGACGCGGAAAAAAGCAUCCGUCUCGGCCCCCGGGUUCCUGGGACAGACUAGUUACUCCGAUGCAUUUACAGAUACCAGAAACGACCUCCUUGUCGGGUUUCCGUGUCUCUCAAGUCAUGAUAAGUUUCCCAUUGAUCAAAAGCGAAUCGAUCUCGGUGCUCGGGUCUUGGCACUCCUGGAGGACCUCCCAUUUUAUAGAGAUGUGGUCACUGCUCGAUUUAAGGUAUGGAAGGGAUGGAGUCUUGGCUGGCCAAUCACGAACAUGAUUUUCACUCUUGUUGAGAAAAUGUGGAACUCCCAAGAACAUCGGGGGAUGGACACAAAGCAACGCGCUUUGCGCUUAUCUAGGAGGCUCUUUGAAACGCAUGGCCGGUCGCUUGACGUGCACCCUUCAAUGACCUGGGAGGACUUUCAAUCUGCGGCUGAAGGAAGGUGGGAGUUGAUUGGGAUGCUUUUUACGCUGACAGGCCUAGCCACGGAUUGGAUCCCCCAUAGUGACCCUAUCUUCAUGCGUCAGAAUACGAUAGAUCCAAAGAGUCUGGCUAUAACGGCGACUGCUGUGGGGGACAUCUGCCUUCAGUUCUGCGACAGUACUGGAAUUGUGAAUGACAUCGUAGGCUGGCUGUUGUUGCAUCAGGUUACACUCUUGGCAAUAGUCUAUGGUGAAAGUGAGCUCCCAGACUUUCGACCGUGGAGAAAGUUAGGAGAUCUAUCGACAACAGUGUUUGCACUCGGGCUUCAUCAGGACUCUAGCACCAAGGCUCCAUUCUUUCUUUCUGAGAUGCGAAAAAGAACCAUGGUCGCGGCCUACUCAAUGGACAAAGUACUUGCCACUUUCCUGGGUCGCCCGCCGCUCAUCAGCUGGCGCUAUUGCGAUAUUCAAAUGCCACUUGACUUGAGCGUGGAGGAAAUAUUCGCUGAUACGGCUGUUCGUGAUGCGGCAAUCACUCGACUGGAUGAGAAGAGUGGAUGGAAUCUUGAAUCAAGCUUGCUGAAGGGCACGUGGCCACGAAUUGCCUUAAUCACUAGCGUUCUCCGUGAGAAGAUCUUGGAACUUUCAUUAAGUUGCCAGCUCGAUAAUCUUAGCCAAAGGGUCGAGCAGCUUUCGCACGAAUCCCGCCAAUUGCGGCAGGGACUGCCAGAAUUCCUCCUUUGGAAACCUGAUACCGACGGAGGGGCCCUUUCCAGAGUAGAAUAUGACCUCCUUUUCGAAAUUCAUAUAGAGUUCCUCCACAAUGAUUUCCUGCUCUACCGGACCCUCGGUAAGCGCACCCAGACACAGCCCGAGGCAAUUAUUGGCAUAGCUCGAGAGAUACUCGGGGCAUUAAUCACUAUGAUUUCUGAGAAGACUCGUUCCCGACAGCCCAUCAAAGAUGUUGGCUUUAAUGUCUGCUUACCGGGACUGCCUUCUGCCGGUGUUCUCUGUGCAGAACUACUGCGUCGAUCCAGAUCGACGGCGACAAGCUCAUUUCUGGGCUUCCCUCGCUCAGAGAUCAUUCAAAAUCUCACACUUUUCGCGGCAUAUCUGGACACCAUCAUUAAACCCCAUGAUGGUAACUACCGUGUCGCACAGCAAGGCCAGAAGGCAAUCCGCCACGUCUUAGACCAAGUCCUCUCCGCCGACGGAAUUUCCUCGGUCGUAGAAGCUACUGGAACGAAUGAUAAAUUGAUUGGGGAUGCAAGCUUGCUUGGAGGUGUCAAUUUCGACGAUCAUGACUUAUUUCUUGGUUGGCUUGAUGGAAAUAUGCAACACAUGUCCGAUUCAUGGCUAGGAUGGAUUAACUUCACCUGA